AUGGUGAUCGUUAUUGAGUUAGUGGGAAGAGAAUUAGUUCAAGUUAAGAAAUCUAUACAAGAUUUUGAACUCACUCAUGUGACAGUGUUACAAGCCGCUCCAUCUACUGAAUUUAUGUUAAAAUUACAGAAUGAUAUACAGAAAUAUCAAAAUGAUUUGAUUAGGUUUAAAAGAUUAAAGGUGGAGAAGGUCAACCAUGAUUAUAAAUAUCAUCAAGUAUAUCGCUGGUUAAGCGGAUCAGACACCCAGACACGUAAUUCCACCCCAAGAUUUAGAACACGGAUUAGAAAGCCAUCAUUGCAAACUGUGGACAUUAGUUCAGGAGAAUCAGCAUCUGAAUGUGAAAACAGAAACGACCAAACAUCCAAAAAACAGGUUACUUUUUUAAAGGGAGGACAACAUGUGAACGAUCCUCCACGGACGGCCAACAUCACUACAACAGACGGACGAGACAUAGGAGAUACAUCAGACGUGGACAAGCGAAUUACAAGAAAUACAGGGAGCAUGGGAAAACCUCCCAGACAACGGAGGUAA